AUGGGAAAGACGGUCCACCUAACCAACUGCCCUUCAUUGUCCGGCUCGGAGCUUGCCAACUCAAACCAAAAGGCCUUUCGGGCGCUCAUGGAGCACAUCGGCCAGAGCGACAAAGACCAGCAGACCAUCCUUAUGGUCCAAGUUGGAGGCCAGAGCGGUCUCGGAAAGGAUUUCCAGGACUCCUCAACAGCUGUAAACGCAGCCAUCGGGGCAAAUGUGUCCCAGGCAUUCGUCGACUACCUCAAGCAAGCUGGCUACUUGAUGACCCACAACAAAGGAUAUUCUCACGAGCUAGAGCACACAGCAGAUAGGGUCAUACGAAUGAAUGAAGAAAAGACUUGUAUUACGCUUGCCACAGUCGUCAAGGAUGUCUACCCUCUUGUGACAUUCACAACUGUUCCCCUUGGAGACACCAAGGGCAUGCAUCGUGUCAAGGCAAGUCAGCCUCUUCUUGGUCUGGUUCAUCCUCAGGACAGGAACAACAUCCAACAGCUCUGGUCAGCUUUUGGUUCCUACUGGGGAGUUUUCGACUUUACGACUGAAAUGCUCUCGACCGGCAGCUUCCAUGGCGGCGCAUGCGGUCUCGUCAUUCACCAAGCCGAGGGAAAGCUUCUAGCCCUCGCGUAUGGAUUUCUGGUCAAGGCAAGAUCUAUCCUCUCGAAUGCCACCUUCACUCGGGUUCUCAGUUUCCAUAUGCUGGAGCCGAACCAGGACUGCGGCUACGACACCGUGCGUUGUCUCAACACAGACGAGGCCAGUGGUGGCAGAGUUGCGCAGAUGCCCCCGUCGGAGCCCAUGAUUACUGAGAAAUACAUUGAAUCCUUGCUAUCGCUCUUUGUAAGAACCCACGAACCCUCCUGGGCCCUCUGGCACCGGACCGGCUGCACCAACUGUUGGAUCACCUGGGUUCUUCGCCGCCGAGUCCGUCGAGGGAACCGGUGGUAUAAGUGUGCCAAGUUCGGCAACGGGAACUGCAUGUACGACAACGGCCUAACGGUUAACUCCAACCAAGACGACAAGGCCAGAUAG